AGUGACUGUCAGAUGAUUUAGGUCAUAUGGUGUUGCUCGAUACUGAAAGAAUCUUUAAACAGACUCUGUGUGUUGUGGUUUUGUAAAGUCAAAUACAUCUGAGUCACAAAGCAAAUUAAUCUGUGUUGGAGAGGCGUCUUCCAGCAUGCAGAACGUCAUAAACUCAGUGAAAGGCACUGCUCUGGGGGUGGCAGAGUUUUUAACGCCUGUUUUGAAGGAAUCCAAAUUUAAGGAAACUGGGGUUAUAACUCCAGAGGAGUUUGUGGCUGCAGGAGAUCACCUGGUCCAUCACUGCCCCACGUGGAAAUGGGCAUCUGGAGAAGAAGCAAAGGUGAAGCCUUAUUUGCCCAAAGACAAACAGUUUCUAUUAACCCGAAAUGUUCCAUGUUACAAGCGAUGUAAACAGAUGGAGUACUCUGAUGAACUGGAGGCCAUUAUAGAAGAGGAUGAUGGAGAUGGAGGCUGGGUCGAUACCUACCAUAACUCGGGCGUGACAGGGGUGACGGAAGCAGUUCGGGAAAUUGCAUUGGAUAAUAAGAACAAUAUGAUUAGGAACGUGCAGACAGGUGCAUGUGGAAAUGGUGAUGACGAUGAGGAUGAGGAAGAAGGAGAGGCAGCAGACAUGGAAGAAUAUGAAGAGAGUGGACUUUUGGAGACGGAUGAUGCCACACUUGACACAAGUAAAAUGGUUGAUUUAAGUAAAAACAAGGCAGAGGCUGGCGGUGAAGAUGCCAUUCUACAGACAAGAACUUAUGAUCUGUACAUCACAUAUGACAAAUAUUACCAGACACCAAGACUAUGGCUAUUUGGAUAUGAUGAGGACAGACAGCCUCUGACAGUUGAUCAGAUGUACGAAGACAUCAGCCAGGAUCACGUAAAGAAAACGGUCACUAUUGAAAACCACCCUCACCUUCCCCCACCCGCUAUGUGCUCUGUGCACCCAUGCAGACAUGCAGAAGUGAUGAAAAAGAUUAUUGAGACUGUGGCGGAAGGAGGAGGAGAACUUGGGGUUCAUAUGUAUCUUUUGAUUUUCUUGAAAUUUGUGCAAGCUGUCAUUCCUACAAUAGAAUAUGACUACACAAGACAUUUUACCAUGUAACGCAGCAUUUGGCCACCCAUUAUUCCAACAUGUUUUAGUGUUUUAUGAGAAGACGUUGUUACUGCGGCUGUAGUAACAAAAAUAAAACUUAAGGAGACACUAUCCUGAAACGAUGCUCCGAAUGUCUGAAGUUCUGUGAAAUGCCUGGCAGGGGAUUUGUACUGAUGGUUUAAAUGCUGUUCCCUCAACUAUUCUUCAGCUGAUCUCUGUAUUAGCCACUUGCUCUUAAUGCUGUCCUCAAACUAAAAGUGUUUUAUUUUAGAUUUACGUUUCAGAUAACUUGUGUGACACGCAACAAGCCAUUCUCUUGUUUUAACGGCAAAUAAUAAAUUGCUGUCAAAAUAUUUAGGUUCUUUUUAUGAUCAUUAUCACUCCUGGAGUGUGAGUUGAGUUUUGUAUGGUGUAAGAUGUCUUGACCUUGCCAGCUUGUCUUAAUACUUUUUUGUUGAAUGAUGAAUGUUAGGAUCACGGUCUAGGACACAGAACAAUGUUGUUGUUAAACUUAUUCACAAUCGCACAGUCUACAUCUGUAGAGUUGGUAAAUAACACAAUUAUUGUAUGUGUGGAUUUUAACUCCUCAAUCUCCUGUUGACUUAAUAUAAAAGAUAAGGGGAGGCUGUUAUGAAAAUUAAGUGGCUUAAUUGGUAUUAACAGGAUAAAAUAGUUGUUAAUGGUUACUACUAAUGGGAAUUAUGUGUAGUCGUUUAACAUCGUUGUCUGCCCAUAACAUCUUUGCAACAUUUGGAAGCUCUUAAUUGUAUGUCAUGUGCACAUACUAAGAUAUGUGAAUUUAAUAAUAAAACAUAUUUCAUAA